AUGGGGGCAGAGCCACGCACCGAGCCCUGGGGGGUGGGGACAGUUGACAACAACACAGUGGUGUAUGAGUUGGCAUUGGGGGGCGGGGCUGUUGGUGGCUCGGGAUUCACGGGGGUGGAGCUGAUCGAUGGCCUGAAGCCCCUCCUACUGCCCGGCUAUGCCCUGUUGGUGAUGGUGGGUCUCUUGGGCAACUCCCUCCUCCUCCACGUCAUCUGUCGCAGUCGCAAGAUGCACGGAGUCACCAACUUCUUGAUUGCCAACCUGGCACUGGCAGACCUGCUGAUGUGUGCUGCCUGUGUGCCCUUCACCCUCGCCUACGUCUUCAACCCGCGAGGCUGGGUGUUUGGCAGCUUCCUGUGCUACUUUGUGUUCCUCAUGCAACCCGUCACCGUGUAUGUCUCUGUCUUCACAUUGACCGCAAUCGCUGUGGACAGAUACUAUGCCACGGUGCACCCACUGAAGAAACGCCUGUCGAUGGGCGGGUGUUGGCAGGUGGUGGCGGGGGUCUGGCUGCUAUCAGGGGCACUAGCUGCCCCCGCCCUCGCCCACACAUACCACGUGGAGCUGCCCGAUGCCAGGCUGACCAUUUGUGAGGAGUUCUGGGUGAAGAGGGAGCGAGAGAGGUUGGCCUACGCCUACAGCACGUUGAUCAUCACCUACAUCCUGCCCGUCUCUGCCGUGGCGCUGUCCUACCUCCGCAUCACCAUCAAGCUGAGGGGUCGGGUUCUGCCAGGGACCGGGAUACACAACCAGGAACGCUGGGAGCGCGUACGAAGGAAAAAGAUCUUCCGACUGCUUGUGCUGCUGGUCACCGUGUUCGGUGCCUGCUGGCUCCCACUUCACCUCUUCAAUAUCGUGCGCGACGUAGACAUUAACCUGAUCAGCAAGGACUACUUCAACCUGCUGCAGUUACUGUGCCACUGGCUGGCCAUGAGCUCAGCCUGUUAUAACCCGUUCCUCUACGCCUGGCUUCACGAUCGCUUUCGAGCCGAACUACUCAAAAUGUUCGCCUGCCGUAAGAGGGUGGUCCCAGCGACCAGUCACUGUGCCGAUGUCAGUGUAGUAAUGUAACUCCUCCGCAUUCCCACGCACCCC